AUGCGGAGACUGCAGGUGGUGCUGGGCCACCUGAACGGCCGGCCCGACUCGGGUUCGAAGCCUGCGCCGCAGGCCGCGCCGUGCUGGGGCGGCCCUCCGCGCGCGUCGCCCGAGGACGUGGUGGUGGUGCACGGGCGGCGCACGGCCAUCGGCCGAGGGGGCCGCGGCGGCUUCAAGGACACCACCCCCGACGAGCUUCUCUCGGCCGUCAUGACCGCGGUUCUCCAGGACCUCAAGCUGAGCCCGACCCAACUGGGAGACAUCUGCGUGGGAAACGUGCUUCAGCCGGGGGCCGGGGCGGUCAUGGCCCGCAUCGCCCAGUUUCUGAGUGACAUCCCAGAGACUGUGCCUUUGACCUCUGUCAACAGACAGUGUUCUUCCGGGCUCCAGGCAGUGGCUAACAUCGCUGGUGGCAUCAGAAAUGGGUCUUAUGACAUUGGCAUGGCUUGUGGAGUGGAGUCUAUGUCCCUGGCUGACAGAGGUAACCCUGGAAAUAUUACUUCACGCUUGGUGGAUAAGGAGAAGGCCAGGGACUGCCUGAUUCCCAUGGGGAUAACCUCGGAGAACGUGGCCGAGCGGUUUGGCAUUUCACGGGAGAAGCAGGAUGCCUUUGCACUGGCUUCCCAGCAAAAGGCAGCGAGAGCCCAGAGCAAGGGCUGUUUCCAGGCUGAGAUUGUGCCUGUGACCACCACGGUCCAUGAUGACAAGGGCACCGAGAGGAGGAUCACCGUGGCCCAGGAUGAGGGGAUCCGACCCAACACCACGCUGGAGGGCCUGGCCAAACUGAAGCCUGCCUUCAAGGAGGGCGGCUCCACCACCGCUGGAAACUCUAGCCAAGUGAGCGAUGGGGCAGCUGCCAUCCUGCUGGCCCGGAGGUCCAAGGCGGAAGAGUUGGGCCUCCCCAUCCUUGGGAUCCUGAGGUCCUAUGCGGUGGUUGGGGUCCCACCCGACAUCAUGGGCAUUGGACCUGCCUACGCCAUCCCUGAAGCUUUGAAAAAAGCAGGGCUGUCGGUGCGCGACGUGGACAUCUUUGAGAUCAACGAGGCCUUUGCCAGCCAGGCAGUCUACUGCGUGGAGAAGCUCGGAUUGCCCCCCGAGAAGGUGAACCCUCUGGGGGGUGCGGUCGCCUUGGGCCACCCACUGGGCUGCACCGGGGCUCGACAAGUCAUCACGCUGCUCAACGAGCUGAAGCGCCGUGGGAAGAGGGCAUACGGGGUGGUGUCCAUGUGCAUCGGGACCGGAAUGGGAGCGGCUGCUGUCUUUGAAUACCCUGGCAACUGA